UCAAGUUUUUUGAAACGUGUUUGCUAGUGAGAGAUUUCUACACUCUUAUAAAGAAUAUUUUGUUCUCCUACUCAACUGAAGUGAGAUCUUACAAUUAUUCUGUAAUGGAAUCGGCUCCACAUCAAUUGUGCUAUUAUCUUUUCUUUUCCCUUUGUUUUUCUUUUUCGUCAUUACCAUCUCUGCUUAAGUUUUUAUGUUUUUUUAUGGCUAUUAUAAAUCAAACUGUCAUCUGGGAUGGUGCAUAAGUAGUCUGGCCUCCCUCUUAAACUAUGACUUUUUUUCCAAAAUUCUCAUAUUUUCAGGUGUCUUAUUUGAUCUGUAAACGUGUACAAAGUAUGUGUUGAUUUCGUUUAUAGCAUGCUGAAGUAAAAUCAUUCCAAAGUUAACCAAUUGAACAAGGAACAUCACAUCACUUACUACAAUUCAAUAAAGUGCUUAUCUACAGAGAAAAAGGCAAGAGAGUGGAUAGCAAUCUGCAGGUAAUUACACUUCGAAGCUCAGAGCUAUGAAAGCAGCAGCCCCAUCUAUUGAAAGGAAAAAUGGAGGAACGAUAAAUGAAGCCUUUUCAAGCUGCAGGUCACUCCCAACCCAACUAACAGUCAUUAUGCAACAUCUCAACCUUCUACAGCUUCAAUGGCAGCUUUUGCAAGGAAAAAGAGAGAGAGCUAAGGCUCUGUUUGACAGUCCCACCUAUUUGUCUAAAACGAGUUGUGCCACUGCCACCCUCUUUGGAUGCUUGGUUGUUCCUCACUCACCCACCGAAAGAAGGGUGAAUCAAUGUAGAUUCUUUUGUACGGACGGCGGCAGUCCAGAGAUUGAAGAAGCCUGAUGUUUUUCCUUGAUCAUACUACAUAGCACAAGCACAAGUGGUGGAACAUGUGGUUUAAUUUGAUGCAAAGCAAAAAACUUUACCAAGGUUUGAUAUGCCGCGAAUCCUCUUGAAAGAGAGGUGUGCCUUCGGGAACGCGGAAUUGCCUCCUAGGAUCUAUAAUUGUCUCAAAAUGUCCCUGAGGGACUGGAGUGGGUAAAACAAUAUUCGUUAUAGUUUGGAAAAAAAAUGUGUGACAAUUCCAAAAAUUGCGUAUUCAAUUGAUCCUAUUUUUUUCUUGUC